AUGAGCCUCCGCUCUGCACCACCACCUCGACGCUCAAGCCACCAACUCCAGCUCCCCGUCUCAUCGUUCAAGCAGCAGCCACCAAGCGCCCUUCCCGGCUCUCCCCGCUCCAACACGCCAACACGCAUCCACUCACCCCGAAGCAAGCACGCCCCUAGUACCAUGCCAUUGGGUGAAGUCGACGGCACUCGCAACGAUGGCGCCCCAGCUGGACGCCGACGCGGCCCCCGUAAGCGUGGAGCUCGCGCUUCAGGCAACGGAACUCCGCAAGACGCUGCUGGCUCGGACGCACUAGACACUGGCGACGAGGACCACCCCGAGCUGUUUGAGCUCCUCGGUGUCGCCCCCAGCCCGGCGCCGAAGAAGGGCCUCUUAAGGCUCAACAAGGAACGCAUGGAUCUCGCGCAAGGCGGCAUGGCCACUUCUGCUCCUGUCUCUGGCAGGGAAGACACUGGAUCAGAGGCCGAACGGCCCGUGACCCGCUCCCAGCGGGCUUCGCAGGCGUCACCUCCGGCCAACAACAAAAAGACGCAGAAGAAGAAGCGGGGCGGAAAGGCGGCUGCCGAGGCUGCUGCGACACCCGACUCGUCUUUUGACGUGACUUCUCUGAGCCAGUCUCUCCCUACCGAGGGCUUCUUUGCCACUGCCAACGGCAAGAAGGCUGACGGCCAGGGCUGGGACAUGCCGCUCGAUGCACCGUCCGCCCCUCAGCCGUUGAACUGGCAGCAGCAACUAGGCGCCGAAGACACGCCUUCCAAGCGCUCGACACGUUCUUCAACUGCCGACCAGCGCCGGCGCGCCAAGGGCAGCACCGCUGUGACGCUCAAGCCCGAGCGACCUACACACGACCGCCGCCAGUCGCUUGACCACCACCCCGCAGCGGCAGCGAUUGCGUCCAUGAUGCCGCGCAACCACUCGGCAGCCGCUUUUGACAACUCUCCCUUCCACACUGGCUACAACGUCCACCGGGCUCCCCAGACCCCGGUGCGGACCGCCGCCAACUCUCGCGCCUCGCCCGUGCCCUCGGGCCUGCCUGGCGUGAUCUCACUCCCGAUCGUGGGCCAGUUCCCGCGCAUCAACCAGGCGAGUGGCGUCCCUCUCGGCGGACCAAAGUACGCCGGGCCGACGUUCCACAACUCGCCCCACUCGGCCUCGCUGCCGAAGCCGGAUCUUGACGAUUUUUAA